UUGAAGUUAACAUACUUAGACGUGAAAUUGGCUAGAUUUUUUUAUAAUCGUGGUUGGUGAAAUAAGUGGUAGAUUAUCAAGAGUUUAAUGAACAUUAGUCAAAAAUAUAAUUGGUUAAACUUUUUUUGUUGUCAUUGAUAAACUGUUUAUAGUGUAGUGGUAGGAAAGUCGGUAACUAAGAGUGCGGUUUUGGGAUCGAAGCUCAAAAUUCGUGUCAUGUUUUAGUUAUAAAUAUUAAAACCUGUGAAACUGAUCAAUAAUAGUUUUAGUGCGUAUUGCAGAUUUAAGCCUAUUUGUUAUUAACCGUAAAUCAUCAUUAUCUUGUAUUAUAUUAUCAUCUAACUAUUGCACUUUGGAAGCUUGUUAAUAAAGAGUAAAUUACACCACAAAACCGGGUGUCACCUAUAAUCUUUGCUCCGUAGGUACUCAUAUACGUAUGUAGAUAUAGGAUAUGCAUUGUAAAGAUAAAUAUUAACAGACACCUCUUAAUAAAACUGAUUAAAUUGAUUGCAGAUAAUUCCUUAUAAGGUUAUUAUAUAACUUUAUUCUUUACUUUGAACUACACAUGUGUGAAAGUGUUUAGUAAAACAAUAAUAAAUAAACCAAGAAUUAAGUAUUAAAUAAGUUACUCAAUGUAGCAAAUCGUGAGCUGUGUCGUCAAUUAUUUUUUAAGUUUUUGUGAUGUCUUUAAAAAAGAGCAGAGGUCCAUUUUGGAAACAAUGUUUCGUAACGGCGGCUGUGGGCAGCAACAUCAUCGGUCACGGCUGCGUCAUCGGCUACCCCGCCAUCCUGCUGCCGCAGCUGCUGCCACCUGACUCUGAGUUCCAGUUGGACCCUGUGGCUGCCUCAUGGAUUGCAUCAAUCCUGGGCAUCACGCAGCUGGUGGGCAGCUUCAUCUCGCCCCCCAUCAUGGAGAGGUGCGGCAGAAGGAUGGCACACUUCGCAGCCACCAUACCCAACCUGGUAGGCUGGUUCAUCAUUACCAUGGCUCCUAACUUUGAGAUUCUCUUCGCUGCACGGAUAUUACAAGGUCUAUCAAUUGGCAUGCUAUCACCUCUUCGGUCAGUCCUCAUUGGAGAAUACGCGAGCCCCAAAAACAGAGGAGCCUUUCUAACAACCGUUUCCUUAGCCCAAUCCUUUGGAGUAUUCUUCGUUCAUCUCAUCGGAUCUCUCCUUAGUUGGCAGCAGACAGCACUGGUCUGCGUAUUCUUUCCUUUCGCAAGCUUUGUCAUGACUAUGUACUCUCCAGAGACUCCGAGCUGGCUGGUUACAAAAGGAAGACAUGAGGAAUGUCGAAGGGUAUUCCACUGGCUUAGAGGUCCCGGUGAAGACGAUGAACUAGAUGAAAUGAUUGAGAGUAGACUACUCUUCGAAAAAGCGAAGAUCUCAGCUAGUUUUGGAAAAAAGAAGAACCGUUUACGAAGAAUGUUGACGACGAUACAAAAGAAGGAAUUCUAUAAGCCAAUUAUUCUGAUGUUACACGCUCAUGUGUUGGUCAACUUUGCUGGUGGUACCACCAUGUCUGCGUACUCAACUUUGAUCAUAGGGGUUGUCAUGGGACCUGAAGUCAAUGCUCACUUCUGGAUGAUAUUCUUAGGAGCCCAAAGAUUUAUCUCGAAUACUUUAGCAGUAUUUGCUAUAAACAAAUUUAAGAGACGAACCAUGAUGUUUGCUACUGGUGGUCUCUCAAUCUUUACACAGUUUGCUUUAGCUGGUUAUGUGUACUUCAAACAGCAAGGGACUCUCCCGUACGAUGCAUUAUGGAUACCAAUAUUACUGAUCAACAUGAAAUUCUUUGCGGUAGCUACUGGAAUGUUACCAUUGCCAAAUGUGAUUGGUGGAGAAGUUUUUCCUUUGGAGUACCGAAGUAUUGGUGGAACCAUCAGUUUGGCAUCCUUCUCAGCAACGUUCUUCUUGGUCCUAAAAACGUUUACAGGUUUAGUGGAUAGUGUAGGCAUGUAUGGGGCCUACAUGGUGUAUGGUGGUAUCAUCACAUACUGCAUGGUAGUCAUCUGGUUCUUGCUGCCGGAGACUAAAGACAAGACAUUGCAGCAGAUUGAAGAUGAGUUUAGAGGUAGACCUCUGGCUCCUGAGGAGAUUGAGGUCAGGAAGUCACUGCAGGCAGACCCGAUAGUGCAAUAUAAGAGGAGAAUGUCGGAAAGGAGAUGUAGUAGUCCCAUACCAUUUUAGAUUCGAUUAUACUUUAGCUUAUAUUAUAUUAAGUAGUUUUAU